AUGGCUGGAAUGAUACUCGAAUCCGGCAUAGUGCUGGUGCCCAUGGGCGCAGCAGCGCUGUACAUCAUCGCUCGUUCAAACACCCUGCUUGUCAUCUUCUCGAUCCUCGCGGCCAUCAGCGCAUCUGUCAUCAUGCGCUUGCGGUAUCACUACGCAUCGGGUGCCCGGGUCGACCUGGUUGUGCGCAAAGCCGAGGGCCGCCGGGACAGCGCACCGCCACGCAACAUGCCCAAGACCGGCAAGAAGAGCAAGAAGAUCAAGAAGCAGGACAAGGGCAACAGCGACGACGAUGGUGAGUUCAGCGAGAUCGUCCGCAGUGCCCGCGACCACCGUGACAUUGACGACGAGGAGGUCGAGCGCAGCGGCGAGCUCCUGGCAACAGUGGUCACCAGCGACAGCACAAAGUACGACAUGGAUCUGUACGGAUCGGGCAUUUCGUUCGACCACCGCUGCUUCUACAUCGAGGGCAAGCCCGUGUGGUUGCUGGCAGCAGACUUUGAUUACUGGCGGAUCCCGGCCGCCGACACCAAGGUGUCUGACGAGGCUGCUGUGGCCGCGUGGACGCGCAUGCUGCUGCAGCUCAAGGCUACGGGAUUCAACGCUGUCCGCAUCCGCUUCAACUGGGCGUUCCACUCGCCACGCAAGGGCCAGUAUAAUUUCAAGGGCGUGCGCAACGUUAACAAGCUGCUGACGCUGUGCGAAGACCUUGGUGUCUAUGUGAUUGCCUGCGUGGGUCCGUACAUCGGUGAUGACGUUCAGGCCGGCGGGUUCCCGUUCUGGCUGGUUCAGCGCGACCACGUCCGCCUGAGGCAUCUGUGGCACGCUGGAAUUAAGCGGUGGGACGAUCGUUAUGCGGCUGCUGUGGGCGAGUGGUACGACAAUAUUGUGUCGUUGAUCGUUGGUCAUGAGGUUGUCACCAAGAACGUCCGUGGCCGCGGCUGUGUUGUCCUGGUGCAGCUCGAUAACCAUCUGGAGGAGCGCGGCGCCCUGGGCCUGCCGCUGGCCCUGCAGGAUGAGACCCGUCUGCUGGCACGCAUGUGCCGAGAGCGCGUCAUCCGUGCCCCGCUGGUCACUAACAACCUGAACUGGCCUGCCGACUUCACAUCGCUCUCGUCUAUCGCGUGGCGCGCUGUGACUAAGCGCCUGCGUCGCCACAAGCUUAUUGGCAAGGAGUUCAGGACCGAUAUCUCGGGAUUCACCCUGCGCGAUAUAACCGCCAACCCGGUCGACAUAAACGAUAUUGCUGCUGUCACAGGCGGUGACAACUCGCCUAUGGUUGCGCUGGAAUUGUACAAGGGCAGCGAGGGUAAGGCUGGGCUUUUCAGCAUGCAGAUCGAGACAGCUCUGCGCCAGGGCCUGGCUGCAUUUGCGCUGCCUGGGUUCGUUGCUCGUAGCACCUGGGGCAACCUCGACAGCCCGCAUCUUGCAGCUGAUAGAAAUGGCGCUGACACCUAUGCUGGCGUCAACGCUGACGGCACGCCGACGCAGGAUGCGCGCACGGCCAAGCUGAUCCUGCAGAUGGCUCGCGCGCUGCAGUUGCAGGUGGCGGCCUCGGAUGCUGUCAACUCCCGGCCGUGGAUUGCGCGCACGCAAAAGCCGACAGUGCGCAGCGUUCGUGCCCACGGCUUGCCGGCCACGGCCGUGAAGGUCCGGCGCCAGUGGGAGUACGAGGCGGCUGGCCGCUCCAAGGUGAUCGGUGCUGACAAGUCAUCGGAGCAGUUCUCGCUGGUGACGUUUAUCGAUAGUGACGCGAAGCCUGGCAAGGAGAUCGCUCUGCAAUAUGCGCUUGCCGACGCGCCGACGCUUGGCGGCACAUUCAGUUUCGCAAUGACUGCCACUCUGGGACCACGCAACCGUGGCAUGUUUGCUGCCAACCUCAACGUCACCACCACCAAUGGCGACGUCGUGAAUGUUGUCGCUUCUACGAAGGAAAUCUACGCCCGUGUCGCUCUGCCGACGGAGAAUGCCGAGGCAUGGGUUUGCGCGACUGAGGAGGUCCAGAGCGGGCAGCUAUUUGUUCUCGGCGAGUGCACUGUCACUGGCCACGCGGACGUGGAGAUUGUUGAUAUUGAGCAUGCCAAGGACCACAAGUUCAGCUUUGUCAUGCCCAGGCCUGGCGCAGGCAUUGCCAAGAUCACUGCUGCAAACGGCGCAUCGGAUUGUGCUGGUGAUGGUGCCACAGGAGGCCCUGGACACCCUCGUUGUCAACUUUGUGCCGUGUGGGGUGCCGACGGUAUCAUGGUGGGUCCCAAUGCUGGCAGCGUCGAUAUUGCGCACAUGCCGUAUGCAGCCGAGACAAAGCUGUACAUGCUCUCGGAUGCCCAGCCCAGCCUGCCAGCCAACAGUGUGCUGUCCAAAGCCGAUGGUGCGGAGUCCCUAUAUGCAGGUCAUGCAUUUGUCUGGCAUCUCUCUGCAACCAACCCGCAGCCCAUCGUGUCUGCAGCUGUUCAGGGAUUUGAGAAACGCAUGACAAGCUUCGACGACCUGCCCUGGAAGCUGUUGCCGACUAUGGCUGAUCUCGAGACAAUGGAUCAGAUCAACGUAAUGUCGUGGCAGCGCGAUCUGGGCACAUUUGCCUACCAGGCCACGGAUAUUGGCCGCAAUGCCAGCCACAUCCUCUACCGCUGCCAGGUGCGCCUAAAGCCCCAGCACAUCAAGGCGCCCAAGAUCGAGCUGCAGCUCAACGCCCGACACCGCUGCACUGUGUGGGUCAACGGCCGCAACAUGUCGGGCCAUGAGACUGCCCACAUGCCGCAGGCGCCAACUCAGUUCAAGAGAUGGCUGGAAGCGAUGCGGACGCCCGGUGCCCUGCGUGGCCCCGACCGUUGGGCAGGUACAGUCACCUAUGAUGUAACCAAAGCCAUGCGCAUCUCAGGCGCCGAUGACAAGGAGGGCGCGCUGAACGAGGUCUUUGUCGUUGUCGAAUCUUUUGGUGUGGGUACGCAGUCCGACGGUUACAACGAUGCGCACGCCCCGCGCGGCCUGAUUGCCGCGUACUGGCACGGAUACAAUCUGAUCGGAGAAGAUCACGAUGACUCGGAAAUUCACGACACCAACCACGACCACCGCACCGAGCAGCUGCGCACGCGCUGGGAUGUGUGCGGUGUCGAUGUCUCGGAAAUUGCCCAGACGUACAACUCGUCCGGGUUCCCUGACGAGCACCAGGCUGAUGGCUGGUCUACGAGUCUCGAGCGCCCGCUUGCAGACACUGACGAAUACUGGUCGACACGCCUGGACGUCAAGGUUGACAAUGGUGUGCAUUGGUGGAGAUGGGACCUGAAGCCUGCCGAGCAGGCUGACCAGCCUGCGUAUCUGCAUAUCGGCGGCAGGGCUGUUGUUUAUGUGUGGGUCAACGGCGUUUUGCUUGCCAAGCACAGGGCUACUGACACGCCGUCGUGCGUGCUGCUGCGUGGCGGCAACAGCGGGCUCCUUGGUGUGCUGCGCAACAGCAAGGGUGCGGACAAGGUUCAGCUCAUGGCAUACGGAUGGGCGGAGCAUGCCGAUAUUGGCCCGAACAUGGAGGCGGACCCAACAGUUGGAGUCGAUGUAUCUAUCACCUCAGCUCCUGCUGCCAAGAACUAG